CGCGUGCGCACAGAGGUUCUCCUCAGACGCACGUUUAUUUUGGGGUCGCUCUGACGUCAAGAGCGCACACGUUUCAUUCAACAGGCUAAGAAAGUAAGUUAUUUAUAACCCGCAGCGUCUCCGGGAUGCGCUCCAUGAGUGCGCACCGAGAAGAAUCCAAAGCAUCCUCCUCAUCAGGACUCACGCGUCUGAGAACAGCAUCAACAAAAAAAAAAGCCACGAUCAGGUGGGCUCAUGUGCGUUCUACUAUAUCACCACCGGCACUCGGCGCCCCGGCUGUAACCGAGGCGGGGUGUGGAUGGCUCACAAAUAGGCAGAAAAAAAAUAAUCCUCCGUGAACUUUCUGUUUUGAAUCGAGCCAUCAUCUCCUCAUUUUUCCAUCCUGCCGUGACGCAGCGAGGCUGCUUAAGAGCAUGGGAAUCCUGUCUUCUGACCAGCUGUAAAGUCCACACGGGGAAAAUCUGAGCGAUGGCUGACAUUCUGGAGCUGCGCACGGACGGGAACUCGCUCCUGAAAGCCGUGUGGCUCCGACGCUUGAGGCUCACCAGACUCCUCUUGGAGGGCGGCGCGUACAUCAAUGAGAGCAAUGAACGUGGCGAGACGCCUCUCAUGGUGGCCUGUAUGUCGACGCACAGCGACCAGCAGAGCGUCAGCAAGUCCAAGCUAGUCAAAUAUUUGCUGGACAACCAAGCUGACCCAAACAUACAAGACAAAGGAGGCCGGACCGCCCUGAUGCACGCCUGCAUCCACAAGGCGGGACAUGAAGUAGUGACCCAUCUCCUGAGCAACGGGGCUGAUCCCAGCCUGGAGGACAGGGGGGGAGCCUCUGCACUGGUUUACGCCAUUAACGCAGAUGAAAAGCAAACGCUCAAGUUGCUUCUGGAUGCUUGCAAAGCCAAAGGCAAAGAGGUGAUCAUUAUCACCACCGAUAAGUCACCAUCUGGCACCAAAACCACCAAACAGUACCUAAAUGUUCCUCCGUCUCCAGAGGUGGUUGAAAAGUCCUCCCCGGCAUACUGCACCUCACCUUCUGACAUCGACAUCGCUGCAUCUCCAAUGAUUGGGCAAGAGCAACAAAAUUCCGUCUUCAGCUUCCAGACGAAGCUGAAAACAUCCUGCUCGGCAAACAAACUGGCCAACGGGCCCACGUCGCCCACACGGCGGCCGAUCGGCCACAAGCGAGCGCGUUUACCUCAGCUGAAGCGUCUGCAGUCGGAGCCGUGGGGGCUGAUAGCGCCAUCCGUGCUGGCCGAACGGGCGAACAGUCACAACGAAAGCAAGAAGGCCAGCUCGGACGAGGACAUGGUGGCAGGUUUGAACGGCCUGACCCUGAGCAAAAGGGCCACUUUGUCUCGGCAGAACAGCACGGACGGCAAAGAAAGCACGUUGCCGCCGGUGGGCGAGCAAGGCUGCAAAAUGACAACCUCGCUGUCGGUUCCCCCGACCACGAAAGCAGCCUAUGAAAGAUCGCUGGGCGCGCACCAGCCUCUGGCGCGACGCAGCACCGUGCCGACCGAGCAGGAGGGCGCCAGCGUUGGGCAUCCCGCUCUCAGAGACACCAUGCACAAGAGGCGACUCGGGAAUGACCACUACGACUCAGACUCCCAGCUCUACUCCGACUCUGUCAUGUUGGACUCCCCAAAGGUGCCACUGGAGCGAAGGAAACUGAACACCUCCCCUCUGGCCUUGUUGACCAGCUCCAGAGAGUCCCUCGACAGCAACGCUAGCACAUCCUCACCGUGCACCAUCCGCUGGCGUCCGCCGGGGCUCUUGGAGAGGAGAGGCUCUGGCACCCUUCUUCUCGAUCACAUCUGCCACACCAGGCCGGGCCAGCUGCCCCCUCUCAAUGUCAACCCCAACCUUUACAUUCCUGACAUUGGUGCCAGUAGCAAGCCAUCCUCGCCUUUGGCCAGCGGCAUUCGAUCCUUAGUGCCAGUAGCACCAAACACACCAAAGAGGGGUGGGCUGAAGUGCAAGAAGAAGCUUGUGAGAAGACAUUCUAUGCAAGUGGAGCAAAUGAAGCAACUGUCUGAUUUUGAGGAGCUAGCUCAUUAGUGGCUAGGGGUGUUUAUGCAGCAUUUUUAGUGUUAACUGCCUACAUUGUCAGCAAGUACUGUACAACCAUGAGUCCCGUCGUGUAAACUCACAGGCGUGUAGAUGUUGAAUAACAAACUGGAAAACCAAGUUACAACAGAGCAAUAUCGCUAGAUUUCCUCCUUGUGCCGCUUCUCACCUUGAGGAUUAUCUUUUGACAUCAUGUUUGCUUUCAAUGUAUUGCCGUUUUGAAUGUAAAUGACAAGUUGUGACACACACACACACACACGAAGGGUCUCUCCUAUAUGGUGACGUAAUAUGCAGGGACAGUUCUUGAUCCGUUUGUAGCCAACGGGGCACUUGGGUGCACUUUGUGCAUUUGUAAUUAGCACUAGUUUGCUCUGGAGUCGAGAUGUAGCGUUGGGUAAGAAGUUUAACUGUUUGUAGCAAAAUUGUGCAAAGUGCCUUCAAGAAUAAUUGAAGACUGGAAAGAGUGGCGAGAUACAUUUGAUGUAUUAAAAACCGACUUACAACAAAUACGGAUGUCACCAAAAUGUGUUUUUCUUUCAUCAUUAUUGUUGGCCUCGCAUCGAGUGAAUAAUAUGUCUUUUAAAAAAAGCUGGUGAAAUGAUAUGUUCCGUGAUACUUUUCUGCGGAGGAGGAAGAAAACGGGGACAAAUGUUGUAAUUGCAACAUUGUUGCACGCAUUUAAUUUCCGCUAUGUUUAAAGCCGCGUUGGUAAUAAAUUGGUGAUCAAAUGUCCAAAGGCAAUCAAAUUUAAGAUUAUACAAGCUUCCAUAAUGUCAGCACCUAUGUUUAAAAUAAACAUUUACAACAACAAA